CCGUGCGCAGCCAGAAUGCGCAUCCGUAAGAGUCACUUCCUGUGGCGCUAGCGGCGCGUCCGCCGUGUCGCCAGAGACUCCACUCCAGAGAGCAGAGAGAAAGAGGUGCGGUGUUGCGUGACUGGGUGCGAGCGACCGUGGCGCGUGUGUGUUUGUUGUGUUGUUAAGCGUAAGCGAGUUUUAACGACGUUUCCCGUGUCCUCCGCCUUUUCGGGUGAUACGCGAACACCGGCGGAGGGAAAAAAAUCAACCGGCCGCGGAAUAAUCGGGAGAAACGAGAGGAAGAACGAGAGUGAGCGAGAGAACAAGAACGAGAGAGAGAGAGAGAAAGGAAGAGUGAAAGAGUGGGAGCGAGCGAGAGGGGAGCACGCGUACGCAAGGAGUGAGAAAGAGGCCCAGCGGGGGAGAAAAAACAGCUACUAGCAGUGCCGCCGUCCGAUUGGCAAGGGAAUCAGAGCCCGUGACGAACUAGACAGGAGGCCACGAAUAUGUCGUCCUACAUCCAGGUCGCCGAGGACGAGGGCGAAGAACCGAUCGAACUGCCGACCGAGGACGACACCACGCUCCUACUCACCACCCUGUCCGCCCAGUUCCCCGGCACUUGCGGCCUCAAGUACCGCAACCCGGAAUCCCGGACGAUGCGCGGCGUUCGGUUGGUCGACGGUCGACUUCAUCCGCCCGAGAACGGCUGGGGCAAAGCAAUCUACUUCUGCGUAUUUCCCAAAGAGAACAAACGUAAAUCUGAUGACAAUUUGGAAAAUUCCACAGCUAAGACUAAAAGAAUGGAAACGAAAUUACGUUGCACUGACUUGAUUGUACUCGGUUUGCCGUGGAAAACCACUGAACAGAACUUGCGCGAGUAUUUCGAAACCUUUGGUGAAGUUCUUAUGGCACAGGUAAAGAAAGAUGCAAAAUCCGGUCAAAGCAAAGGAUUUGGUUUUAUUCGAUUUGGAAGUUAUGAAUCGCAGUUGAGAUGCCUCGCUCAACGUCAUAUGAUAGAUGGCAGAUGGUGCGAUGUCAAGGUUCCUAACAGUAAGAAUAUAGAUGGAUUAAUGAUGGCACGUCAGUAUGAUACGGGUAAGCACGGUAACGAGUGCUACCGACCUAUACCGGUGCAUACGCCGAGUAGUCGCCGAGUGCCGGCGUCGAAGCCGUACAUAGCCAGCGUAAACUCGUCAUCGUCCGAGGCCACUGCUCCGCCCUCGAACGCGCCACCCCCGAGAUACGACUCGGAGUACGAUUACAAAACCACGCACUACCCGUCGUAUCCCCCGAAUUAUCCUUACGAUGAUAACAAGUACAAGUACGAGGGCGGCGGCGGCGGUGGCGGCGGUGGUCAGCAGCAGGUCGCCUACAACGCCUACAACGAGAAGCCGAGCUAUGCUGCCUACGAGGAGUCCGCCGCCUACGAUUCUCGCGGUUACAUGCCGCCACCGCAUGCGAACGCCGCCGCGGUACCCGCUAAUCCUGCGUAUCCACCAUCGGACGCCGAAUACGGGUCGCGGUACUACGGCGAGGGACGUGCCGCCGCUUAUCCAGCCGACAAUUGUCCGGAACAGUACGACAAGGGCAGGUACAGCAAUUACGGGUACGAGCAACGGUGCUACUAUGACCAGGCCGAUGGCCGUUACGCCGUCGCAACGACUGAUGGCAGGUACGAGAUGCGCUAUUCGGACGCGAGGCACCCGGACGGCCGACAUUUACCGGUCGAUCCCGGCCGGGAGGCGGACUGCCGAUACGUGGAUAGCCGCGAGAUGGACAGGAGGUACGUCGUCGACGGUAGGGAACCCAUUGACGGCAGGUACGCGAUGGACAACCGCGAGGUCGACGGCCGUUACAUCGCCACAUCUGACGGCCGUGACCCAGUCGAUGGUAGAUACGCGGAUCCAGCGAGAUACCCGACGAAGGAGAACUACUACGAUCGCUAUUACAAGCACCGGCCGUCGAGGGAUCACCACGUCGCGGAUACAUCAAGAUACUGAAGAGAAAAUUCGUAAUUACAAUCAAUCAUGUUUUAAUGGGAAUACUAAGUUGUGUACGACACGCGACGACGAUGAUAUUCUUUUCUCCCAGGAUUUAUUGUACAUUCCUCAACGUAUUAUACCACGCAUCUACGAGCGAAUGUUUAUAUUGUUAUCAUGUGUUAUUUGCGAUGCAUCAAUCUGGCGGAUUUCUUCGAAGGAUCGUACAAAAUGCAUUGAAAAUUUGUAUGAAUGAAUGUUUGAAAGUAUUUAGUAUGCGGUUUUUUGAAAUCGGAAAUAUUUAUUUUAUAAACAUAAUUUAUGUUAAAUACUUAUAGGUUUUUUCAACAAAUGUUUACUAAUGUUUGACGUGUAACCUAUUAAACGCUUUUUAUUGCUGCGUUUUUGUCUCGCACAAAACGCAAUCGAUAUCUCUUAUACAAAG